CUCGAAGCUUUACCAUAUUUUCUUCUUAGUUCAAUAGUUCUUACUAAUUGAGAAACCAAGACCGAGUGAGAGACACUAUUGUGGCGAAGGAAAUAAGACAACAGAACACAAGAAAGAAAAGUCACCGCAGAGAAUUGAACCGAGAGCCAAGUCAGCAAAUUUAGCCGUCCAAAACCCAACGAUCCUCGCCUGAGUUGGGCGUUUCUCUUUGGUUGGUCGCCCCCGUCGAGCACUGAACGAACGCGCUUUCUCUCCGUACCUCAAUUAUCGCAGAUGAGUCUCAAUGGGAGCCAGAUCGCUUAAGAAGAUUAAGCGAUCCUCCACCAAUUCCAAACCCACCAGCAGCAAUCCCAUGCCACCUUCGCAAACUCGGGGUUUCAGCUGGAACAGAGGCCCCGUGUUCGUGUCCGUAGCCAUGGUCUUCGGGGUUGUUUUUCUCUUGGGCAUUUCGUCGAUCAUUUGGAACAGUUUCGCCGGCGUUGAUGCUACCCCCAAAAUCUAUGCAAUUCAGGUGGUCAACGAGUACCCUCACGACCCAGAUGCCUUCACCCAGGGUCUUCUUUAUGCCGGAAAUGAUACUUUCUUUGAGUCAACUGGGCUUUACGACAAGUCAUCUGUUCGGAAAGUGAAUCUGCAGACGGGGAAGGUUGAGGAUAUCCAGCAAAUGGAUGGACGAUAUUUCGGGGAAGGAUUGACUCUUCUCGGCGAAAGGCUGUUCCAAGUAACCUGGUUGACAAGUACUGGUUUCAUCUACGACCGUAUUAAUUUGAACAAAAUUGGGGAAUUCACUCAUCAAAUGCAAGAUGGAUGGGGACUGGCAACUGAUGGCAAAGUCUUGUUUGGUAGUGAUGGGACUUCAUCAUUGUAUCAACUUGACCCUCUAACAUUAAAAGUCAUCAAAGAACAAAGAGUCAAAUACAAUGACCUUGAAGUACGCUACAUCAAUGAACUUGAGUUUAUUAAUGGUGAGAUCUGGGCGAAUGUUUGGCAGACUGAUUGUAUUGCAAGAAUCUCUCCUCGAGAUGGUACUGUCACCGGCUGGAUUCUUCUUCCGCAAUUAAGCAAGGGACUGAGAGCAGCUGGACACAGAGGCAUCGACGUUCUAAAUGGUAUAGCAUGGGAUAGUGAAGGGAAACGUCUCUUUGUCACGGGAAAGCUAUGGCCGAAACUGUAUGAAAUCAAGUUGCAUCCAGUGAAGAAACCGAUUGGCAGAGGAAACAUUGAGCAGCUUUGCAUCCCGUAGUCAAACUGAAUCGUUGCAGAACUUGCAACAAACCGGGAGCUCAGGGAUUCAUAUGCUGAUCAAAGGUGUAUAUUCUUCGUAAUGCUGAUUGGUUUAUACCUCAACAUGCACCUGAAGCAUAGCGACUAUUCCCAUCGAAUGUUGUAUGAUCACUCUAGUCUAGCAUUUGACGUUGAGCACUGCUAGCAAAGUAGCAAUAGUCAGCAUCCCAGGUUGCUGGCUGCUGCAUACAAUUUGUAAAGAAAGAGACCAUUUCCCCUUUUCUUCCUAUAGUUAAAAUAGUAACUUCAUUAUGUUUUCCAUUCUUAUUUCUAGUUUGUUUAUCAGAUAAACAAGAAAAUUACAAUUUUUUAUUUUCAAGGCUG